AAUAUAAUUCACUUUCUCGCCAUGCAAAUUCAUAUCUAUUCAAGUUAGUCGUUUUACUGAACUAAGCUUCCCGUUUGAACAUUAUACGAAAUUGCCAAACAAAAUAGGAGGGAAAUAUCAAAAUAAAAUGAAAAUAUCUUUGAAUUCUAUCAUAAAUUAAUAAGUAUUGUGAAAAAGGCUUCCAUUAUUAACUAACAAAUAAAAUGUAAAAUUUUCAUUAUAUAGUUUUAUCAGUAAUCGUAUUACUGCGAAGUUUUGCACUUAUAUCUACAGUAGAAUGGAAGAAUUACGGUCAAAACAUAAGUCGAUACAGAGUGCGGCUCAUCAUAUCGCCCUAGAAUGUAUACACCCUCAGUAGUCAUGAAGGAUUGCUGGAACAAUAUCUGCGCAUAAUAUGGACUUCAAAGUAUCAGUUGUUUACUAUUUCGGCGCACGGCUCCCCAUACCACGUGCACCCGUACCCCUCCCCAGUGCGCCUGCAGCAUGCCUUCCAGGCCCACAACAGCCCCAAGAUGUUCCAUCCAAAGGGGCUUAAACCACACUUUGAUGCCCGGGGCACGCCAAACGAAAGCCCUAUCUUGGGCAGGGCGCUAUGUCUCACGCCGCGCGGCAGCCCGGUGCCGGGUCGCGUGUCCCAUCUCAACGAGAAGUUCCAGGAUUCCCUGACACUCACAUCGGACACGGACGCGCUCGUUGCCAAAAUCAGUGCCAUGUUCCCUACUGUUAGUGAGACACAUAUCAAAAUAUUGUUAAAAAAAUAUUACAAUCGUGAAGCGGUAGUUAUAAGCGCGUUACAAGUGGAAAAGCAUCCGAUAACGACCCCGGGCCCGCUGAGUAUGUCGCCGUCGGCGGCUCGCCUGCAGCGGGGAGCGGUCGGCGUGUACUCGGCGCUGCAACUGGCUAAAGGUGUCUCCGGCUCUAUCCAGGGCUCCAGUCACUUCACACCGCUGACGGGCACGCCGCAUGGAUCACCUUCGCUUCUGCGGCCUGCGUCGGGCGCUUCCAGUUACUACGGUACUAACAGGUCCACAGAUGGUCAAGUCAGGCACCAGUCGCCUAAAAUGAAACUUAAGUACCUGAAGAGCAUAUUUCCCAAAGCCGAGGAAACUUUAAUCCUGGACGUGCUAGCGAACAAAGACAACAAUGUACAGAAAGCGAGUGAGGAAUUGAUCUCGAUGGGCUUCCCCAAGAAGGAGACUGUCAUUAUCAAGGAGAAGAAGGAGAAGGAAACGCCACAACCGCCGAAGAAGGUCGUCACCAUUAUGAAGACGAUAGAAGACAAGAAUGAACUCAAACAAAAGCUGCAGAAGAAGUACGAGGGCGUAGCAGAGCGCGUGAUCUCAAUAGCACUGGAAAGUGUGGACUACAACGAGGAACGGGCCGAGCAGAUCCUCAGCGCCGUGCUGCAGGAGGAGGAGGUGCCGAAGGUUACUAAGGUGGUGGAAGUGAAGGACUCGAGGCGGCCCUGCUCGGUCGACGCCAAGAAGGGUGUGUACACCAGUGAGGAUGCGCGAGACCCGAGCCCUCUGCCCGUCGCCCCAGCAGCGCGCCGCAUCAAGACAUGGACAGAGCACUUGAAGCCAAUCCUGAAAUCUAGCAGCAGCACAGAACCGAAGCACAAAUCCCAGUACAGCGUGCCUAAAAACGGGCCCAACCCUACGCUGCGACAAGGCCCCAAAGACAGCUUACUUUUAUUAGAUUAUCUUGCGUGGAAUGGACCCAACCCUGACCUCAGGACAGGACAGUCUGUGAAACCUGAAGGUCCGGACCCGCGCGAGCGGCCAGUCAGCCUCGCCAGAGGACCCUCCGGCCUAGCGAAGGGUCCCGCUGGUAUUGCCAAAGGAUCCAUUUAUCAGAAACUUAACAAGAAAUCGGCUAAAAUCGUUGCCUGAGGUGUGACGAGUGGCGCUACAAUAUCUGCUAUGAUCCUGUAGUACCAACAUGACGAUAUAUCGGAAUAUUGUAAGUCGAUUGGGGUCGAUCUUAGCGUAUGCAGAAAGGAACUGCAAAAAAAAAGAUGUUUGAUUUGUAAAAAUAAAUAUUGUAAUAGAUAAAUUGUGAAAAAAAAAAAGCAAAACUAGACUAUAUUCAGAAGGGAAAACGAAGCAAUAAAAUCAGCACAUUCGGACGGCUUUGUUACAAGUACCAACAUAAUGUAAUGAUAAUAGUAAAAUAUUAGCAUUUGUGUAAGGAGAUUUUAUCAUUACAAUAAGGUCCAAUUUUCCCCACCGCUGUGUUUCAGAACUAUGACGUAACAGGUUACUUAUACGUAGCUAACCGUAACUUCUUAUGAACCCUGAUAUAAAUAAUGCUUAUAUUAGUGCUUGUUCAAUCUUCACUCGUGAAUUGUGCAUAAAGGAUCUAACUUAAUCACUUAAUCAAUAUCAUCAAUACUUUAAAUAUGUUAGAAGAAUCAAAGAUUGGUUACUUCUUUCCUUAUGAACCAGAAACUUACUUUGUUGUACAAAAUAAGUUUAUGUUGCUCUCUUUUGUUGUAUAUUUCAUGUAAGUAUUAUUAUUAUCUAAACUAUUGUUGUUUUUCUUUAAGUUUCAUUAAUAUUUUAUUUGUAAAUUGUAAUUUGACAUUCCAGUAAUCGAUCGAUUAAUAUUCGUUAAAAACUGACAUACGUCACAACAUGGAGAUGUAAGAAAAUGUCUAAACUCAGUAAAUUGUAAAUAUUAUUUGAUAAAAAUUAAAACUAUGAAGUUUAUUAUUAAAAUAUCAAAGUAUUCCACAAAAUGGGCGCUUUAUCUUACAAAAUGUAUUUUUAUGUGAACAUUGUUAUAGAAUUAAAUUUUGAAACUUGCUGCCUGCCACUGUAUUAGACUUUAGACUCUAGCACUAUCAAUUUAUUUAUCACUAUAGCCUGAACAGUUAGAAAAUAGUGGCAUUGAUGUAAUAUGUAGUAUAAGUGAGACUUAAAAAAGUAGAGUUAAAAAAUAAGGAUGAAUAUCCAUCAACAGUAUUAAACAUGUAAUGUAACAUGCAACAAACCGCUCAGAAGUAUAUGGUGAUCAGUGAGUACAUAUGAGAUGUAACAUUGCUGUAUGAUGGCAUACUUAUGUUACAUUAACUAUAACAUGAGCUUGUUAGCGGUCUAUACUCACCCUAUCACUUAAAUUUAGUCAUAAUUUAUAGAUAGGAAUAAUAUUGUAUACCUGUCCAUUGCCAAAGAAGCAUUAUUUUGCUUUAUUAAUCAAACACAUAUUAACAGUUAUUUAAUUGCUAUAUGUAAUUAUUAUUUAAAAAAAAAAAGAUUAAUUGAGCAAAUAUAAUGUUCCCAAACCCUUGUGUUGUGUCCCGUUCUUCCGAUUUGCAUUUAUGAUAAUUAUUAAUAAGGCAUCAAGUUUCAACGUCGAGACGGCCCUCCAAUCUUAAAACCAUCGAAAUAUAAAUGAAUAACGCUUAUGGAGCGUAUAUUUACAAAUUAUUUUUGUACAUAGACUUAUUAUAUUGUGCUGCGUCUACCUACCUGUGUAACGUAUAUUGUAUCAUGUAAUGCAACGCAAAUAGUUCUAAUAACUUGUGUUCAUGUUGUAAGUAAAUAGAUACUUUAUUAAUAUAAGACUAUAAUAGUCUUAUUAAUAAUACUUUUAAUUCUUGUAGCACACUUUAUUAUCAUCAUAGAUUAGUUACAUUUCAGUAACAGUUCACCUAAAUACCGGUAUCAGAUUGAAUGGCCUGCCGGCGCAUACGUUACAUUACACAUAUUACAAUGCAUGUUACACACGUGUGGACCCAGCUUUAUAGAAUGUCAAAAGAUUAUAGAGUUGGUGGUCGCCCAUUGGUUUCUAUGGUUUAGCUAAAUUUACCUGUUGCACUUAAUGCGUAGUUGUGCGACAAUAUGUUUACAUUUCUGUGCCAAAAAUGGGUGUGAAAAUGUAAACGUCAUCAAUGUUUGAUUAGUCAAAAUGAUUCUCUAACAAAACUCUUCUUAAAACCGGCUCUAAGUAUAAUCUGUAGGCAAAGUAAUAGUAAAAUUUAGUAGGUGCAAAACCGCCUUAAAGAGUCAUUCUGUUUGUUCCUGAAUUUAUAGUAUUGAAAAGUAUUUAUCAUAAGCACCAGUGUUCAAUAAUGUUAUAAUUAACACUAGUGUAUGGUAAGCCUUAGAUAAAACACUAUAUAAGGUGAUACCUAGAUCACUGGCUUCCUUUACAUUUUGCUCCACAAAUUACAACCUAAAAAGUGAACUAUUAAAAAUAAAAAUAUAACAUGUCAAGAAUCCUAACAAUACCCCAUUCAUAACUAUUCAUACGUCGUGAAGCUGACCUGACGUUGUUCUGUCCAUAGCUAAUAGUUUAUUUGGAAUAAAUGAGGUUUUCGUUUUUCCGGGCAAUUUUUCCAAUUUUUCUCUUCAUAUAAAUUGCCGAAUUCGAGUCGUUCUUAAAUGUAAUAUGAUAAUAUAUAAGCUUUGCCUUUAGUAACAUAUUUAGCGAUUUAUUAUUAUUUAUAU